AUGCUCUUCAGCAAACAUUUGCAAGAACGUGCUGCCAAGAAGCUGCUUGCCGGAAAGCGUUGUCGUGCACUGUUGGUGUGGACAUUGACCUUCAUGAUGGCUCUCUCGGCGUCUAUAGUUCCACUCCUUGGGGCCCUCACUUCGCCCUGGGUCUUCGGAUGUGGCAUGUUUUUGCUUUAUGCACCAGCGGCUUUUCGUGCCAAAAGCCUAUUGAAACCGAUCUUGUACCCAGCAACUGUGAUUCUUCCAGCUGGUGAAUCCUUGUUGGGACUUGAUCCUAAGUCUCGACCUGGCAAAUCCUUCUACACUUUCACCUUGGUAGUACGAUUCACAGCUGUUGCCGGUAGUUGGUAUGCGUACCAUCAGUUUUUUGCCUGGGGCGGUUCGGAUGCUGCGUACGACUAUCCUUUGUCAUAUGAAUAUCAUGGAGAUGAGCUCUUUAGCUGUUGCAGAGAGUCCUACCUCGACGAAUAUGGCCCAACUUACAUUGAGGACUGCUAUCCCCUGCCCCUGCCCAUUGAAUACAACGAAUCUUCUUCAGGAAACUGCACCUAUGGUUGCUACUACCCACCCCAACCCCCCGAUGAUUGGAUGCUGGACCUGGAUGGCUGUCUAAGAUUUGUUUCUGUGGCAGCCUGCGUUCAAAAAGUGCCAACACUCUCCACACCCCAGCAUUUUUGCUGGCAAAAUUCAACCAUCACACCUGAUUGGACAGAUGUUUGCACCAGAUUGGUUCAAGUGCCGCAAUAUUUGAAAUGCAGCCUGAGUGGCGCGAGUGAGUAUUUCGGCUCGGUUAUGUCGAUGUACUUGCAGUGCCGAGAGACGCCUCAAUGGGCUUUUGGAAAUAUGUGUCCAGUAUUAUUAUAUGGCGGCAAGAUGGCACAGUCAGUUGGUGCUCGUGACAACAGUGACAACUUGACUUUUGUGAUGUUAAGCACAUUGGGAUUUACAUGUGCAGUAUUUACAUCUCCUUUCUUUGCAGCCAUACUUCUUGUCCUGAUUCUUUGCUGCUUCCCAACAGCCUCUGGCGAUGUAGAGCUUCGCUUGGCGGUGGAUGCAGAAGUUCGAAGGAUGCAGGAAGAACUUAAUGACACAGGCACAGCAGCCAUCAGCAUGUUCGGCCGUGGCCUUCUUUGGCUGAAGCUCAUGUUCGUGUUCGUGGAUUUUGCAGGCGACAUAUUUAGCGUCGUCACCUUUGUAGCAAAAGGCCAUGUGUGGUUUGGAGUAUUCCUGGCACUGAUUGUCCUUCGGAGUUUUGUGGAUCUAGUCAAGCUGCAGCGAGAGACAGGCUUGGUGAAAGAAGUGCAGCUCUCCUUGCGAGCGAAUACGCUCACAAACCGUCUUUGUGACGUUCUGCGAGCAGAGAAAACCGUGGAGGGGACGCUUUCCAGCGUCCUGCUGGUCUAUGGCAUGUUCCACAACUUCAACUCUCCCGUGCUUUUUGCUGUGACACUAGUGAAAUAUGUCCUGUCAGUAUUUUCCGUCGCACAAGGAUCCUUCAUUGUUUUUCACUUGGCGUCAGGUGAGAGUGAGAGAGCAAGUUUGUUGUCUGCCAUCCCUCUAGGCAGACGUGCAAUGGAUUCAGAAUAA